UCGGAAUGUAAGUUAUGAAAUGAUUCAUUCCAAUGGCACAACUAAUAUCUCUGCCAUGUCCACCUCUGACUCUCUCUCGACAGGGGUCGGCUGAUUCGUACACCAGUAGACCGUCGGAUUCAGACCUGUCAGCAGAGGAGGACCGCGAGGCGUAUCGGCGUGAAGCCGAGCGCCAGGCACAACUGCAGCUCGACAGAGCUAAGUCCAAACCUGUAGCGUUUGCAGUAAAGACAAAUGUGAGUUACUGUGGAGCUCUGGAUGAGGACUGUCCCGUCCAAGGAGCUGCAGUCAAUUUCGAUGCCAAAGACUUCCUGCACAUCAAAGAAAAGUAUAACAAUGACUGGUGGAUCGGGCGGCUAGUAAAAGAAGGAGCAGACAUCACCUUCAUCCCCAGCCCUCUACGACUGGAGGCAAUGAGACUCAAACAGGAGCAAAAACAAAGGAAAACAGGGGGUAACUCCUCUAGUUUAGGCGACAUGGUGACUGGGAGUUGGAGGACCACACCGCCAUCUGCAGCCAAACAGAAGCAAAAACAGGCUGAACACGUCCCUCCCUACGACGUGGUGCCCUCUAUGAGGCCGGUGGUCCUCGUGGGACCAUCGCUGAAGGGCUAUGAGGUGACGGAUAUGAUGCAGAAAGCUCUUUUUGACUUCCUGAAACACAGAUUCGAGGGAAGAAUCUCAAUCACCCGUGUAACUGCCGACCUGUCUUUAGCCAAGAGAUCUGUCCUCAACAAAAGACCCAUAAUGGAGAGAUCCAACACUCGCUCCAGUCUAGCGGAGGUCCAGAGUGAGAUCGAGAGGAUAUUUGAGCUCGCCAAAACCCUGCAGCUGGUGAUUCUGGAUGCGGAUACCAUCAACCAUCCCGCACAGCUAGCCAAAACCUCCCUCGCACCCAUCAUUGUCUAUGUUAAAGUUUCCUCACCAAAGGUGCUCCAGAGGCUGGUCAAAUCCAGGGGGAAGUCUCAGAGCAAGCACCUGAAUGUGCAGAUGAUGGCUGCAGACAAACUCUCUCAGUGCCCCCCUGAUAUGUUUGAUGUCAUUUUGGAUGAGAACCAGCUCGAAGAUGCUUGUGAGCAUUUGGCUGAAUACCUGGAGGUCUACUGGCGUGCCACUCACCUCCCAGGCAACACCCCUCUUAACCCCUUAUUGGAGCAGAGUCUGAUGACCCCGCCUUCUGCCAUCUCUAGCCUACAGGAGGAGGAGGAGGCAGGAGAGGAGGCGCACUCCCCCUUGGAGCAGGACAGUCUCAUGCCGUCUGACGAGGCCAGCGACUCCCUGUCCCGCGGCCGGAGGGGGAGCCCGUGCCACAGGGGGGGUGAGGAGGACGAAGAGGAGGAGGAAGAGGAGGAGGAGGAGGAAGAGGAGGAGGAUGAGUAUGCCUCCCCCUGCCAUGCUCGCACAUACAGGGACAUGUACCCCCCUCACCGUGGGCACACAGGCAGUGCCCACAGUGCCAACGGGCACGAGUCACAGGACAGGCUGCUCCAACGCGAAGCUCAGCAGGGUCACAACCAGAGGAACAACCGCCAGCGCAGCCGCCCCUGGCCCCGAGACACCUACUGAGGAGGUUCCCCCCGGCCUCCGGAUCAGAUCACCCCGAGCCCUCCGACCGCCGUACGUUCCCACACAAACCAUCAGAGAUGAAAAAAAGUUGCCCCAAAAUCGGCUCAAUCAGAAACAAACAGAAACAGAUGCCCAGUUUAUGAAGCGGUCAACCGUAGGUCUAUUUUUAAAAUAUUUCCAGUCGCACUCUUCCAGACUCCCAGUUUAUCUAAGCCGAGGGGAUUUAAUGACCUCCAGAUUCAGAUAAAAGUCAACAGGGCUACUCACCUCUGCAAUGGAAAGGUUUCAGGCUACCAGCUGUACGCAAACUCAAACUUUAGCUGCUUUGCCUAAGGUUUCUCUAUUGUAGGAUGUCUCAUAUACUGGCCUUAAAAUUCCUAAGACUUUUAAACUAUCUUUACUAUUGCAUGUAUGAGUAUAAUUAUUUUAAGACUAUUUGCACAUUAACGUCAGAACAGGAACUGAAUGAUCUUUACGGAUAAACUAAUGUAGGAAUGUCUACUGUUGAAUCCAUUUAUGGGAAAUAGUAAUGCAUUUGAUUACAAUGUAUAUACUGAAUGGGCACCUGGUUUUGUUUCAUUGCUACUAUAUUUGUUUGAUUUCGUUUAUAUGGACUUGUUUGUUGUUUCAGAGAAAUGUUGCCAUCCAUGUGUUCAGUCAGUUUGUACUCUGAAGACGGUGAAUGGCGAGAGGGAGACACACGCUCAGUUAAUCAGACUGAGUCUCUGAACGGUCACGAUGAGAGUUAGCAGUACAAAGCUGCAGUACAGCGCCAGUGUCACCUACAGUACAGUACAGUACGUUCUGGGCAUCGCUUGUCUUUGCUGUUGCACAAUCACUCUCUUAACACCUCUAAAAAUCUAAAAACGGGCACAGAGAAUGUAGACACAACUGAGAAAGGGAAUGUUAUCUUUUAAAGGGUGAAUUAUUUGCCAAACUGCUUGUUUACAUCGACUCAUUCACAUAUAUCAAGCACAUGCUGCACAGCUGCAGCUCCUCUUCAAAUCCAGGCUUCAGAGAAUGUAAGCUUGCAUGCCUUUUGCACCUCCAAGCACCACCCGGUGUCUCCGACCCAACCGAUCGCCCUGUAAUUCGAUUGUAGCACGUUAUUGAUUGUAGCAUCCACAGUUUCUACACUUAUCUCACCCCUUGUACGUCUUUGGCAGACAUUGUUUGUGUGCUGCAGUUUUACAGUUGAUUAGGUUUUUAACCAAGGCAGAUCCUCAGGUGUAAAGUCCUACACACUCAUCGCGCUCCACUCCAUGUAACGAAUGUGUCGUGCUCCUGAAAGACUCGUAGCACCCGUGACACGAUGCCAUUCUGUUCCUGCGCCAUUACUAGUCCAUGAGCCGAUGAAGAGUUCGGACGUGAUGCUGACGAGCAGCGACCUGCUUCUGUUCACACACAGUGUCGAUACUGUUAACAGCUGGCUUUAGGAGUUACUGGUUUACUGCUUCCAUGUCUCACAGGUAUCUCUCUCUAUCUAGUGUUCUGUAUAUUUUGAAGAGAAAAAAAAUCAGCAUGAUUGAAAAAAAAGAAAAGAAAAAAAAUCUAUGCAAGUGUUGCAUGAAAAUCUGAUUGUUUCUUUUUACAGUUAAGUAUUUUAGUAAUGCAUUGAUUCUGAUUCUCCUCGUCGUCUUGUAGUGAUAGUCUUGUCUUUGGGGCUACUCACUCCUCACACCACUAACAACACGAUUACUAAAAAUCAGAAUGCAUCACUUUAUUUAUACACAAAUCUUAUUAUUGGGGACAUUUUUUUCCACAGUAUUGGCUGGACACUGGUUGACGCACUUUUACGAGUCACUCACUAAAAAUUGUCCCAGUCCCAGAUCAGGCCUACGAUUUUUUUUAAUCUGUGAUGAAAAGGAAUGAGUGAAUUAUUAAAGCCCUGCAUGUCUUGGUUCACCAAUUAGCUAUUUUCAUUAUAUUUUGGCAGAGUAUGUUUUUCAAAGCGGACCAAUUUAGCAACUGAUAAAGCAGUUGAGGUUUUUCAAUUUAUGAAGCACAAUUUUUACAAGGGUUAUAAUUUAGUUUCCUCUGUCUUAUUCUGUAUGCAAUACUAAGCCUAACAUUGAAAAACUUUAAACGCCUUAGACCAUCUGGACUUCCUCUUUUGUGUGAGUAGAAAAAAAAAAUUGCACUACUUUUUUUUGGGAUGGUUGCUUUGUAAUGCAAUAACUGCACUAAAUAUAACCGUGUAUCCACCAGACUACCACAGCGUGCUAGCGUGACCCAACACGCCUCUUCCCUCUAUUUAUCAAAAGAGACAGCAAAUGUGUAAAAAGUGAGACAUUUCCUGCC